AUGCUUACGAUUUCAGAUACCGAAGACAAGCCCUCUACUUCCGAAAAAUCAAAACUACUGUCCACCCUCUCCAAACUCACCCCGCAAACUCGUGCUUUGGCCACCUCAAUUCUCGGUCAGAGGGAUCGAGAUGAUGAUGAAGACGACACCCUCCUCACAGCUCCUACUGCAAAGCACCUCUGCCUUGACACGGUUAACCGGGAAGCUCACUCCCUCGCAUUAAGCCGCAUCAACCCCUCGGGUAAGAGAACCUCGAAGCCCCCUCUGGUCCUUGACGUCGAGGCCUUCAAAAAGAAAUACAGCCGUGAAGCGGAUUUGACUCGCGACCAAUGGUCGGAGGCUGCGCGUAAUUUCACUCGCUUCGCCGGUGAAGUUGGACGUGAUGGCGAACAAGGCAACUACUUUACACGCUGGGAUAACCACUAUGGUUUCUUCGAGGAACGUACUGAUGCCGCCAAACAUUUCCAGGCCAUCUUGGAAGUUGACUGUUAUAGGCACAUCCAAGGAACCCUUUAG